AUGGGAUUUGGACAAAUUUUACUUUUUGCAUGCUCAAUACUAUACUUGAGUACCGGUGGAAGAUGGACGGUUGUAGCACUUGUAUUUGUUUUAUAUAUUUUAUACAACAAAGAUCAACAACAACAACAACAACCACCACAACCACAACAACAACAACAACAACAACAACAACAACAACAACAACAACAACCACCACAACCACAACAACUUAAACCAUCUGUUCCUCCACUAGCAAAACCAAAGAAAGAAUCACCUAUUUAUGCGGUUGAUUUUACUUUCAGUUCAAAAGCAUUCACUCCAUCAACUACGACAACUUUUCCUAUACGAAGAGUGAUAGCUCCUCGACCAAAAAGAUCACCUAAAAUUUUCACAGCAUCAAAACCUAUUGUUCAACAACAACAACAACAACAACAACGUCAGCCAGUAUUGACGAAAACCACCGUCGAAUUGAAAAAAUGUCAAAUAUAUAUUUUUUAUACCACCUUAACUGGAUCAUCACAAAGAAUAGCUAAAUCCUUAUAUGAAAAAUUACAGAAUCUUGAAAACCUUGAACUUGAACCUAAAUUAUUAAGUCUUGAUGAUGAUGUUGAUGAUUUAGAAGAAUAUUUCUUAAACGUACCAACCCAAAAUGAUAAUAAUUGUAUUUAUUUAUUGGUAUUACCAUCAUAUGAAACCGAUUCACCCAUUGAUUAUUUUUUAGAACAUUUAAUCGAUACCGCUCAAGAUUUCCGUAUUGAUAAAUAUCCAUUAAGGAAAUUAAUUGGAUUUAGUGUAUUAGGUCUUGGAGAUUCUGAAUCUUGGUCUCAUGAUAAUAAAUUUUGUUAUCAAGCGAAAUUAGCUGAUAAAUGGUUAGGUAAAUUGGGUGCAAGAAGAUUAUAUCCCUUGGGUGAAAUAUGUAUGAAAUAUGAGGGGGAACCAAAAGCUCAAGAAUGGAUACAAAAUUUUGCUUCAUUGAUAGUUAAUAAUGAUAAUGAACCAUUUUAUAUUGAUGACAAUAAUAAUGAUGAUGAUAUAGAUGAUAGUGAUGCCGAGGAAAGUGAGGGGAGUGAUGAUGCUGAUACUUUGGUUGAUGUGGAAGAUAUGGGAGAUAUUAUUCGUAAAUCAGGGAAAGCUACUACUAUUGGUGGUGGUGGUAUAGAAACUAAAGAAAUGGUAGCUAAAGAUUCUCCAACUUUUAAAUCAUUAACAAAACAAGGAUAUACUAUAGUUGGAUCACAUUCUGGAGUUAAAAUAUGUCGUUGGACUAAAAGUGCCCUUAGAGGAAGAGGAUCAUGUUAUAAAUUUGCCUUUUAUGGUAUUAAAUCUCAUUUAUGUAUGGAAACUACUCCAUCUUUGGCAUGCUCUAAUAAAUGUGUUUUUUGUUGGAGACAUGGUACCAACCCCGUGGCUAAACUGAAUUGGAGAUGGGAAGUUGAUCCACCAGAAAAAGUCAUGGCGGGUGCCUUGGAAGGUCAUUAUCAAAAAAUUAAACAAUUAAGAGGUGUACCAGGAAUUCAAAUGGAUAGAUUUGAAGAAGCUUUUAAAGUUCGUCAUUGUGCUUUAUCUUUGGUUGGUGAACCGAUUUUUUAUCCUUAUAUUAAUGAAUUUGUUGGGAUGUUACAUGAACAACAUAUUUCAUCAUUUUUAGUAUGUAAUGCUCAACAUCCAGAUUCAUUAGCAAAAUUGACUAAAGUUACACAAUUAUAUGUUAGUAUUGAUGCUCCAACUAAAAAAGAUUUGAAAAAAGUUGAUCGUCCUUUAAAUAGUGAUUUUUGGGAAAGAUUAAUGUCAUGUUUAGAUAUAUUACGUACUAUUCAAUCUCAUCAACGUACAGUUUUCCGAUUAACUUUAGUUAAAGGAUUUAAUAUGGAAGAUAUUGAAAGUUAUGCUGAUAUGGUAGAAAGAGCUAAACCAUCACAAAUUGAAAUUAAGGGGGCAACAUUUUGUGGAUCUUCAAAUGGGAAUGGUAAUCCAUUAACAAUGCAAAACAUUCCAUUUUAUGAAGAAUGUAAAAAUUUUGUUGAAAAUUUAAAUAAAGAAUUACAAUCAAGAGGUUUAGAUUAUGAUAUUGCUGCUGAACAUGCUCAUUCAUGUUGUAUAUUAGUUGCUGAUAAAAAAUUCAUGAUUAAUGGUAAAUGGCAUACUCAUAUUGAUUAUCCAAAAUUUUUUGAAUUACUUGAAAGUGGUAAAGAAUUUGUUGAUUUAGAUUAUGUUAAAGAAACUCCUGAAUGGGCUGUUUGGGGAUCACAAGGGGCAGGAUUUAAUCCUGAAGAUACUAAAUAUGAUAGAAAAGCUGAAAAAUUGAAAAAGAAAGCUAUAAGAGAUGAACAAGCAAAAAAAUUAGUUGAACAGCAACAACAACAACAACAACAACAGCAAGAAACUGUACAAGCAAAAAGAUAA